GUUGUUGUUGUUUGUUUGUUUGUUUAUUUAUUUAUUUUCCACGUCAUCAACAUGAACCCGGAAGUUCCUUUAACAAAGAAAAAAAAGGGAUACUCCGCGCAUGCGCACAUCAAAAAAGACCGCAGACUUCGGCGCUCUUAGCAAUUUUAGCUAAAUAGUUUGCUCGCGGUGAUGUUUAUAUUGUAAAUGAAGAUGUCCAAAGCGCCUGUGCAGGCCAGCGCAUCGGGAAGCAGCCUCGGACCUUCACCAUCCUCCUCUUCCUCACCGCCUUUGUCUUCUUCCGCCAACGCGCUGCACGCGCAAACCGAGAAACCGCAGCACUACACAUAUCUGAAGGAGUUCAGGACGGAGCAGUGUCCUCUGUUCGUGCAGCACAAGUGCACUCAGCAUCGGCCCUUUACCUGUUUCCACUGGCACUUCCUGAACCAGAGACGGAGACGGCCCGUCCGCAAGCGGGACGGUGCUUUUAACUACAGCCCUGAUGUUUACUGCGCCAAGUACGAUGAGGGCACAGGCACCUGCCCCGACGGAGACGAAUGUCCUUUCUUGCACCGAACAGCCGGAGACACCGAGCGGCGCUACCACCUGCGCUACUAUAAGACCGGCUCCUGUAUUCAUGAGACGGAUACGAAAGGCCACUGCAGUAAAAAUGGCCCCCACUGUGCCUUUGCUCACGGCUCUCAUGAUUUACGAUGUCCCGUCUAUGAUAUCAGAGAGGUCCAGGCUCUGGAGGCUCAGACUGGAUCCGGUUUGAUGGAGAGCGGACUCGGGGAUGGACAGUCCGGAUUAGUGGCCAGCGCUGCUCUUAUAGAGAAGACGCUGAGCGAGGAGCCGCGAUGGCAGGAUAACAGCUAUGUGUUGUCGCACUAUAAGACCGAGCUGUGUAAAAAGCCUCCUCGUCUGUGUCGCCAAGGUUACGCCUGCCCGUACUAUCACAACAGCAAAGACCGUAGACGCUGCCCUCACAAACACAAAUACAGAGCCUUGCCAUGUCCCUCAGUGAAGCACAGUGAUGAGUGGGGUGACCCGAGUAAGUGUGAAAGCGGCGAGAGCUGCCAGUACUGCCACACACGUACAGAGCAGCAGUUCCACCCCGAGAUCUACAAAUCCAGCAAAUGUAAUGAUAUGCAGCAGAGUGGCAGCUGCCCCAGAGGGCCGUUCUGUGCUUUCGCCCACCUCGAGAAAGCGAGUAUAAGUGAGGAUCAGCCUUUCCCAGAGUGCAGCUCUUCUCCCUCCUCAGCCCUCGCUUCAGCAAUCACAGACAACACGGAGCAAAGCCUUCUGGGAAGGAUUCUGUAUGAGGAGACCUCCUAUUUGGAUCCUCUCAAUUCCAUCUGGGCAGGAGAGGGGGGUUAUGGGAAAGCGCCGGGCUUUGAGAGGGAGGAUCAGGCAAAACAGAAGACAUAUGUAAUGGAACAUCGCAAUAAAGAAACUGGUUUACAGAGCAAGCCGGAGCUGUCUGUGUUCCUGCCGGUGGGCAGCCCCCUCAGUCUGUCCUCCAGUGUGCCCUCCAGCCUGGCAGCGACUCCUCCCAGCCCAGCACCAUCAUCUAGCAUGAACGCCAACGCACUGCCCUUCUACCCAACUAGUGACACCGUGGAGUCUGUAGUAGAGUCUGCACUGGAUGAUCUGGACCUGAAUGCAUUUGGAGUGUCUGCUCUGGAGAAAAGUCUGGAGAGCAGCUCCAUGCCCAGUAUGGGACUCAUGUUAGGAGGAAGUCAGCUUCAGAGUUCAGCUCCUGUUAACAUCCCUGGAUCCCUCAGCAGCCCCUCCCCUUUCAGAUCCGCCUCUCCCUCUCCUCCAAUCAGAGCUCACGCUUCUCCAUUUCUGUCUGCCCAGUUACCACCACCCGCCCAAUCAGAGAGCAGCUUUUUGGGACCAUCUCAUAGUUCUUUAGGUUUGAAUGGAAUGAGCAGCAGUAUCUGGGAGCAUUUCCCCCUGGGCUGUUCUCCUGGGACACCUCCAGCCCUGCUCUCCACCGGAACCAUGUUCUCCGAGGCCUCGCGUCUCAAACAGGAAGUGGAAGAGGCUCACAGGGUGCUGAAGCACUGGGACCACAGCUGGAGGCAGAUGUCUCAGUCGUGGGCGGUGCUCAAGGCAGACGCUGAAGAGGCUCGGUUGCUGGCGGGCCGGUUGGGUUUGGAGGCGGAGAGAGCGCGUCAGGCUGAAGAGGAGGCACAGGAACAGGUCGUGCUCCUGGAGGAGGCGCUGGAGAGCUUACGCAGCUCUGAUAAUCCCCGACUGCAGCUUCACCAACUCCAGCUGUUACACAAACUCCCUCUCGGCUCUAUCUGCAGUCUGCAAACUCAGAUCUGCACCUGCUUACGCACGGUGGAACAGGCCGUGUACAGGAAGCAGCGGUUGUGUUGCGUGUCGUGUGAGGAGUUGGGCUCCGUGGCGUUGCCGUGUCAGCACGGCGUGUGCUGUGAACGUUGCGCGGCCUCGGCCGAAUGCCCCGUGUGCUCCGAGCGUCAGCAGAGCCUGAAUCUACCCCAGUCCUAAUCAACAGCCAUAUAACCCUGAAGCAUGCGUUACGCUUAGCACUGAGCAUCACUCUGAGCUUCAUCAUCCUCCUCCUGGAGAGAGAGUUCAGUUCCAGAACAAAUCCAACGCUCCUGCAGCCGGUCGCAUCAGUUACGUGUAGGUUUGAUCGUAGCCAGGUGGGAAUGGACAUUGGUAGGACGAAAAGUUUCACCAAGCAGCAUAGUUUCAGUGUAGAAAUUUUAAAAAAUAAAUAAAUUGUGGGUAUAUUUAAGCUAUUCCAUGAAAUCGAUUCGUACAUGAGCUGGUAGCCGGCAAGACGUGUAGCACCGAGAUUGAGUGGCAUAACUGUUUUUUAUUCUAUCCACAUUCACUGGGUUUUGAGAAACAGAGCAGUUUUAUUUUUAGCAAAUUUAAUAAAUAAAAACUUCCGACAAAUUCGUUCCUGCUUAGAAGGUAAACAAACCGGCGAAAUAACAGGAACAACUUGUGAAAAAUGCAAUAAUUCUUGAAAAAUUAAGAUACGUUCUUACCGUCAAAUACUUUUAUUCCAUAUUUUGUGUGUGUGUGGGGGUUUGUUUUAUUUAUUUUUUGUGUUUUUGGGGGUUUUGUUUUCAAGUAGAGUUUUUAUUUUGUUCUCAGUUGGUUCAGCUUCGCCAUUUUCUUCUUCUGUAGAGUUUUUUUGGUGGUUGGCAAACCAACUUAAAGGUGCAUUACUGCCACCGACUGGGCUGGAGUGUGGAACAGGAGAUAUUUGGUGGGGGCCGAGGGAUGAUGACUAUAUUCUUUUAGCCAUUUCUGUUUCUUUUAAAUACUUGAUAAGAAAGGGAUAUAUCUGACUUGAUGUGCUCUGCCAUUUUGUUUUUCUCUACUCAAGGUAUAUGUGAACUGAUAGCCUUGUAGUAGAGCAGCCAAUUAGAGCGCACGAUUGCUCAUAUCCAGUGAAUGUGGAUAGAAUAAAUACACGUGCACACACACACGGUACAAUCUUGGAUUAAGUCAGCCAGUUGACUUUUCUUUAUUGCUAUAGUUUGAUGAUUUUCUUAUUAAAUUAGUUGAAAAGCCCGUUUCAAAGCUUCAACUGAGAAGCCAGAUGCAAGAGAAGAAAACUUUUAGGCCACUUUUUAUUGUCACAUCUGUUUAGAUUGUUUAAUUUACAUUAAAAUCUACCUAAUUUCAUAUAUAUUACUGUGCAAAAGUCUGAGGCUCAUGCAAAGAAAUGCUGUUGACCAAAAAUGGCUUAAAAAUAAUGAAAUGAAAUGUUUAAAAAAAAAAUACUAUAAACAGUGAUCAGUGAGCCAUAAUAAAUGAGUCAAAAUUUGGUGUGAGACGACUCUUCGCAUUAAAAAAAUAUAAAUCCGUCUCAGGUCCAGUGAGGUCAGUUUUAUGUGGAAAUGAUCUGUAGGUUUUCCUGAGCGUCUUACAGAACCAGCCACAGUUCUUCUGGACACUUUGACUGUCACACUCACUUCUUCAUUUUACACCAAAACCCAGCAGCCUUCAUUAUGCUUUCUUUCUUCAUCUGAAAAGUGCUCUCUUAUGGAAUACACUGCUCAGAUACAAACAUUUUUAUUUUUGUGCUGGAAAACAAACGUUUAGACUUUAAAAUGUUUUUGUAAUGUUUUGACUCGAUAAUGUAGAAGUCGUAAAAUAGAAAUCUAUCACUGUUUGUCUGAAAAAAAAAAAAUCAGGUGCCGAAGACUUUUGCACAGUACUGUGUAUAUUUUACUUCAAGUAAACAUCCCUUAAUAUGCUUUUGAAUUCUGGAUUCAGAUUGGUCUCAAUGUGGUUUGGAAAUCGGUUAGUUUAUUUUAAUUAAGGACAGAUUAAUUGAUUUUAAGGCCCUGAAUUACAACUAAGUUUAAGCUUGACUGGUGCGUCUGGCUGCUUUUCCAGUUAUUCGUUUAAAUAUAACGAUAUGAUGAAUUGUUAUAAUUCCAGUAUGUCGUUUCUAGGGUUAUCACUUUUGUAAGCUUUUUUUUUUUUUUUCAGAAAGCUGGAUCUCCAGGAGGAGGUUUGAAAUGGUUGAGUAAAACUUCUUUUUUUUUUUUUUUUUUUUUACCUCAGCUCGUAGUUCUCAUGCACGCUCCCUGAAACAAAUACGGGCAAGUACGAACGUUUAAAAUGCACUGUCGCAUCUACAGCAGUGACACUUUCUGCACUGACCUUUUAUUUUAUCUCACUCCUAUCCAACACUACCUUUCAUAUCUCCUCUCAUCUUUUUCCAAAUCCUUUUCUGUGACUCCUCAUCGAGCUCACUUUAGAGACCUCUGGCCUUAAGUUGGAUUUUAUUAACGCUCGAUUGUUUUGCUUUCAUGACCGCAAUCGGGCACACAUCAAUCCUGAACAAGAGGCACAACAGUUAAAUCGCACACACUUUGGGGGGGGCUUUUCACCUUUUAAUGUGCGUCUUUCAACUUUGACAUAGCGUACCUUUUAAAAUGGAUUUUGAGGAAAGCUUUAAAGGUGAGGUGUGAAGGCUGAUAUGUCGACUCGGCUCACGCAGUCACCUUCGAGUGCACUGUUUUGGGUGCAGCUCUGUGUAAUGUUGAAUUCAGUGUUUGUUGGGUAGUGCAUGGUGGUAUUACCCAUAGUGCACUAUAAAUCUUGGGUACACGAGUACCACACUGCAGAGAGAUUUCUUUUGAGUCAAAAUGGACACCAAAGCAGCUGAUUUUAUAUAUCGGUAUAAAUUAAACCAUUGAAUGCGAAUAGGAACUUUUAUGGCAUGUUUUAUUGGGAAAAAAAAAACACUUUAGUACGUAUGUAUUUUUAUAAGAAGCUAAUUAUUUAUUUGUCCUGUACCUCCCUCACUGCUGCCCCCUGUGAGUGAGGUGAGUAAUGAAGCGAUUUCAGACACAGCACAAGAAAGUGGCGCAAUUUUGAAAUCAUCAUAAAAUUGCCCCUCCAGGGCCACACUUUCCAUCUCUACAGCUUUCACUCUCCAGCUCUACAGUCUGUCCUUAUACCAGUCGGAGAGCUGUUCCUUGUUUCCGUCCUCCUAUAGACGCACACAGAUUCAUAUAUGGCUGUUGGCUAGUGCUGGUUUAUUCUUUUCAGAAGCCCAAAACAAAUGACUAGUUGUAUUUUUUUUUUUUUUAAUUGAAUUUUCAUUGUUAUUAAAAGGAAAAAUGCUGGGAUCGUGGGAACCAAAAUAUCAGCCAUAUGAAUGUUUGUUUGUUUAUCAUCAGCACUGUAUUAUUUCAACUUGUAUUUCCAAUCCAUUGAUCUGCGAUUCAUUUACAACUUUCAGUUUGUGUAAAAACCGAAUUUGCCGCUCCACACACUUUUCCCAGACGGGCCAGGAAGUGUCCGAAUAGCCAUUCGGAUUAUUUCAUGGAAGUUGAGAUGAACGAGAGUGUAUGAAUGUUCAGGACGCAUGAAUUGGACACCCCGUGCUGAUAUGAGACUGAUAUUCAUUUAUUUAUUUGGAUCGCUGUUGGAUCAGAUUUUUUCGAAUACUGUGAAAACAUGUCGUUGACUGACCCAACACCGACGAUGACGUACACUACCGUUCAAAAGUUUGGGGUCACCCAGACAAUUUUGUGUUUUCCAUGAAAAGUCACACUUUUAUUCACCACCAUAAGUUGUAAAAUGAAUAGAAAAUAUAGUCAAGACAUUUUUCUGGCCAUUUUGAGCAUUUAAUCGACCCCACAAAUGUGAUGCUCCAGAAACUCAAUCUGCUCAAAGGAAGGUCAGUUUUAUAGCUUCUCUAAAGAGCUCAACUGUUUUCAGCUGUGCUAACAUGAUUGUACAAGGGUUUUCUAAUCAUCCAUUAGCCUUCUGAGGCAAUGAGCAAACACAUUGUACCAUUAGAACACUGGAGUGAGAGUUGCUGUAUAUGGGCCUCUAUACACCUACAGUGGUGCUUGAAAGUUUGUGAACCCUUUAGAAUUUUCUAUAUU